CCAAAAUAAAUAAAUGACUAAAGGCCUCUAUUUGAAACUACUGCAGUCGCGUCGUCACUGUGUAUUUUCAAUUGCAAUAAAAAAAUUCUCUGAGCGAUUAUAGGAAUGCUUAUUUUUAUAUCUAUAGCUUUUGUCACCAGCUGUCUGUAAUGUUUCUCUACACCGGUCAGGGUGCAUUAUUUGUGAAUGCUGGAUUUGCAAACGCUACAUUUUAUAGAGAUGUCCAAUCAACAAUCAGGCGUGAAUCACAGACACGAGGUCAUGUAACAAGAAGCGGGCCUUUUCGACUUUUCUUACGUUUCCCGUCAACCCUAAAUGUAGAGGCGCACUUUUAAAUUAUGUAUCAAAUUUACAAUGCAAAUUAAUUACGUGUUACGUGUUCAUAUCGGAUACUCAAAUAUAUGCAAACUGGAGACAGAAACGUUUUUUGUUUGUUUGUUUUUAGUGUAAUUUGGUACAUUACAUUCUGGACUGAUCCUCUCAUGGUAAAGUGUUAAGUUUGCUACUUAAAAAUAAAAAGACAUCUAAUUUAAUAUAUUUAAAUCUCCCCCAUGCUUAGUGGUGUUUUUUAAAAAAAAGAAUUUGUAAUAUAUUUGGAUACGUUAAGAGGGAUGAAAAGUCCUGUAUGCUUCAUUUUGGUUUCAUAAUGUGAGAGAAUCAUACUCACCUGCUGUUUCUUCGUCUUCGUUUUUUUCCGCUAUAUUUUUGUAUCUUGAAAUUAUUUUUGGUGUGAAUGAAAACUGAAUGUAAUCUGUAACGUAAUGCAUUUCUGCGUUGACGUUAAAAGCAAAAAAUAAUAAUAAUAAUAAUAAAAACUUUUCGAGCCGGUAAGCGCCCCCUUUAGGCGUGCAGUCAAACAGCAGCAGAAGUCAGCGCCGAUUCUUCCGCGCGCUCCGCUCUGUCCUGGAAGCGUCCGCGCGCUCGAGCUCGGCGCGUGUAGCUGCACUUCCGGUGAUCUCGGCGCUAGAAUGGCUGCGGUGUUUACGUGCUGUUUGGGCUGCUGCGGGGACGGCGGCGCGGGCCACGCUCCCCUCAAAGAAAUGCCCACCGUACAGCUAGACACGCACCACAUGGGGACGGAUGUGGUCAUCGUGAAAAGCGGGAGGCGGAUCUGUGGAACUGGAGCCUGUCUCGCCAACGCCCCUCUUCACCAGAACAAGAGCUAUUUUGAGUUCAAGAUCCAGUCCACGGGUGUUUGGGGGAUCGGUGUGGCCACUCAGAAGGUGAAUUUGAACCAGGUGCCUCUGGGUCGAGACAGUCACAGUUUGGUGCUUCGACACGAUGGCUCUAUACACCACAACAACGAGGAGAAGAGCCGAUUACCUGCCAAUAGCCUGCCUCAGGAGGGGACAUAUGUUUCCUGUUUUAAGGGGGUGACCUAUGACCACGUGGAACUGAACCUGUACCUAAAUGGAAAAAACAUGCACUGUCCAGCCUCUGGUAUCCGUGGGACUGUGUACCCUAUAGUUUAUGUGGACGACAGUGCCAUCAUAGACUGCCAGUUCAGUGAUUUCUACCACACUCCACCUGAAGGCUUUGAAAAGAUCCUGUUUGAACAGCAAAUCUUUUGAGUUGUCGUCUGCAUUCAGACGCACACAGUGCGGAGUUGGACUGUGUUUGUGGCAGCACGUGGUUUCAAUCUCUUUCAGUGUCGCUUCUGCCUUUGCUGUUACUACCGUGGGUCUUGUCCUUUUUGGGAGACAAACCAGGCUUUAUUUCUGUCUGUGUGUGUUCGGACACGCAGAUGAGAGAGAAUCUACAACCCAGAAAACACUUUACAUAAGCACUGAAGACACUUACCGAUAUCUAUUUUCUGUAGUGGGUGAUAUUGAUAAGCUCAGUUUACCUUUUUAUUUAAUGACGGUGUACAAUGAUCAGCAGCUGAUCGGCUUUGUGUUUUUGAUUUACGUACGAGUUAUUUAAAUGUAUCGUUGACUUUAUAUAUCUGCACCAAUAUCAGCUUUCUUGAAUGAACCGAUUGUAUUUGCACUAUUUACAUGUGAUUUGAGAAUCAUACCAAACCUCUCUUCUUCUUUUGACGACUCUGUUACUGCUGUUUGCCUUUCACCUGAACUAGGCGUAUUUAUAAAUGGCUAACAGUAGCAGUUUACAGUAUUUUCCAGUGUAUUUUAACGUUUUACCUCUGUGAUCUCUAUUGCACAUUAUAUUAAACCAGUGACUUUGGCUGAACAGGUUUCACAGUGUCAGACACUGAAAUACGUCACACGCGCACGAAUCGCUUCACCAUGAUCAUUUUUGCCCUAGCAUAUAGCUACUUCAAAUGUUAAGACUGAAGCAAAACAUUUCUUUUUGCUUCAAAAACGUGUUUUGCUCCAGCGACUGAAUAAAUCACAUCUGCACAUAAAUUACAGUGAACCUAACUGGUUACAGCAGAGGCGCUAUGUAAUAUUAACACUAAAACCAGCCAUGCAUUCAUUUUAUUCACACAGUUAAACACGCAACCAAUUUUUUAGUUUUAUUGUUAGAAGCACGGCCGUGCAACUACCUAGAGGCAAUGUGCUUUUCAGAAAAGGUGCUCUGAAAGACCUGGAAGAUUUGUCAAAUCUGAUCAGUCCCCCCCUAAAAAAGCUUGAAUGCUCUCUGUACGCUGUGUCUUAUGAUACAUUCCACAAGUGCUGUAUUUAAUAAAUCUAAAUUCUGUCUCGGUCAAA